AUAGGAGAGAAAUAAAUGGCCGUCGGCUUUGCUUGGUUCUACAAAUCUGAAAAGCUUCAAUCUAGCUUGACGACUCCUACAGAGAAGACGGCCUUAGCCUUCUUCACCUUUCCAGGCUUUUUCUGGUGUCGAAUUGAAGAAACUAGGAACUUUGUUUCCAGAUGUUCAUUAAAACGUUGUUUGGAAUAUUCUAUUUGCUGCAGCUUGAAAAUGCCGCGUUAUGACGAUCGACAUGCCAAUACACGUCUCUAUGUUGGUCACCUGGCAUCUCGCACAAGGUCACGAGACCUUGAAUACCUCUUCAGCAAAUAUGGAAGAGUACGAGAUGUGGAUAUGAAGCGUGACUACGCAUUUGUUGAAUUUAGUGAUCCUCGUGAUGCUGAUGAUGCAAGAUAUCACUUGGAUGGUAAGGAGUUUGAUGGCAGCCGUAUCAUUGUGGAAUUUGCAAAGGGGGUACCUCGUGGUUCUCGAGAAUAUUUGGGCAGAGGUCCUCCUCCAGGAUCUGGACGUUGCUUUAAUUGUGGCAUAGAUGGCCAUUGGGCUCGAGAUUGCAAAGCUGGAGACUGGAAGAACAAGUGUUAUCGGUGUGGAGAGGGGGGCCAUAUAGAGAGGAACUGCAAGAACAGUCCCAAGAAACUGAGGCGUGGUCGGAGUUAUUCCCGAUCACCAGCUAGAUCGCACUCUCCUCGCCGUGGCAGAAGUCGUAGCCCAAGUUACAGCCGAGGUCGAAGUUACAGCCGGUCAAGAUCUCCACCACCAAAGAGAGAGCCAAGUGUUGAGAAUGAUGACAGGUCCCUGAGCCAUGAGCCAAAGAAUGGUCUGCCCUCCAAGAGUAGGAACCGCAGCAUAACGCUUGAUGAAGGCAGCCCAAACCCUUCUGCCAAAGCUCGGAAACUGGAUGACCAGCAAGAGAGAUCAGAAUAUAGUGGUAGCCUAAGGGGGAGCAGAAGCCCUGAAAGACAGAGCCCUGGAGAUGGGAGGUAUGGAAGUCCAGCUCAAACUAAUGGCCGCAGCCGCAGUCCCAGUCCCAGUCCCAGUCCUAGGGAUGACAGGAGCCCUGUUGAUGAUGAUUAUGAGGACAACCGCCGCGCCCCAAGAGGCAGCGAGUCACCCUAGAAGUUUGGCCUAAUGGAACUGGAAGUGCCUCAGUUGCACAUGCAUCUCAUCUGCAACUUCUGGUGUUUUCCUCUUCUAUUUAAGCAAUUGUAAUCAUUUGAUUGCUUUGGAAGUACGGAACUAUACUUGAAAGCUCUUGACUUGGUUUAGGAAGCAUAUUUUGAAUUCUGGUAUUGGGAGCUAUAGUUGUUAAUCAAUUUUAUUAUUCUGUUUAA